CUCGCGAAUGACGAGGCCAAUCUCCGUGGCAAAUUCCCGUGUCGGGCGGAUCUCGCUAAUAACAGGAUCGAGUACAUGGCCCUGGUCUCCGGUAUCUUCUGCAAGGAGCACGAUUAAUCGGCUGUCCGUCAAAUUGAUCAGCUGCCGGAAGAUCCCCGUCACUGGCGCCCGAUAUCGCGCUUAUUCGAGAACGCUCAUCGAAUACUAUUUGCGACUCUCGAUUAUCUCGAAAGACGUUGAUCCUCAACAAGUCACACACUAAUAAGGAAGGAAUGUUUAUUUGUCACGAGGUGUACACGCGGAAAUCAGAUUAGAUCCGUCACUGCCAAUUGGGGAGGAAAAUAUUGAUCACAAUGUCGAGUAGUGCGAUUGAACCGGGCGGAUCUUCUGAUUAAACCAAAAAAGAGAAAAAAAAAAAGAAAUCAAUCACGGGGAUGACAGACGAGAGAAUGAGAUCGAUCUCGGUACCUUGUCACCGAGACAGAGCGGCCGUAAGCGGUGGUCAACGACACGCUACUGCUGUUUUCUACAUAAAAUCACUUCGAAAGACGUCGUUAUCGUGGUUAGAUUAGAGACGUCAAGUAAACGAAGCGAUGAAGAGGCGCAUGCCGGGAGAAGACCAGAGGGAGAAAUAUGUUCCAUCGGAGAUCAAGUCACUUGACGCAGUCAAGUGACGUCGCCUGAUCUCAUAUUCCAGCCGGACGUUUCCCGGUUUGCAAUCUUCAAGGGCGGUGUAAUCCGGUGGGAGCCGAUGAUCGACUCGACUCGUAAUCCUUGCUGAAAUCAGCUGACCGAUCGUCGUAAGCGAGGCAGGGAAUCAAAAUGUGACAGCCGAUGUGUCUCUGACGGUUUCGCAUGAAUGACCGGACGCGUAUAGCGCUGGACCCGACAAGGCACCCUGGACGACAUGAACUCAAGCGGAGAGUCUGGCGGAACGAUGUCGGAAGAUUACGAGGUCGGAGGCUGCAGCGUCCCGGAAGAGGAGACAGGCUCGAAUCUACCGACGUGGGAGGCGGUGGUGGCCACCCUAACCCUGAGCUUCCUCGUGGUGGCGACGGUCUUCGGCAACGUCCUGGUGAUCCUGAGCGUGUUCACAUACAGGCCGCUCCGGAUCGUCCAGAACUUCUUCAUCGUCUCGCUGGCGGUGGCCGAUCUCGCGGUGGCGAUCCUCGUGAUGCCGUUUAACGUAGCCUACCUGCUGCUGGGCAAGUGGAUCUUCGGUAUUCAUCUGUGCAAGCUGUGGCUGACGUGCGACGUCCUCUGUUGCACCGCUAGCAUCCUGAAUCUCUGCGCGAUCGCGCUGGACCGAUACUGGGCGAUCACCGAUCCCAUCAAUUACGCCCAGAAGCGAACCCUCAGACGAGUCCUCGGGACGAUCGCCGGGGUUUGGAUCCUCUCGGGCGCCAUCAGUUCGCCACCAUUAGCCGGCUGGAACGACUGGCCGGAGGAACUAGAACCAGGUACACCCUGUCAACUCACGAGACGCAAGGGUUACAUCGUCUACUCUUCCCUGGGCUCGUUCUUCAUCCCGUUACUGCUGAUGAGCCUGGUCUACCUGGAGAUCUUCCUAGCGACGCGCAGGAGAUUACGGGAAAGAGCUCGGCAGAGCAGGCUGGGCCCGGUACAGUCCACCAGACACCGCGAGACCGACGACGCCGAGGAGUCGGUCAGCUCGGAGACGAAUCACAACGAGCGCUCGACGCCCCGUCUGCAGGCGAAGCCGUCGCUGAUCGACGACGAGCCUACCGAGAUGACGAUAGGCGGCAACGACCGCGGAACGACCGCGUCCACGAGACGCGGCGCCGGCGGCGGCGCCGUCACCACCUCGACGACCGUCUAUCAGUUUAUCGAGGAACGACAGCGGAUCUCGUUGUCCAAGGAGAGGCGCGCAGCGAGGACCCUGGGCGUCAUCAUGGGCGUCUUCGUCGUCUGCUGGCUACCGUUCUUCCUCAUGUACGUCAUCGUGCCGUUCUGCCCGGCCUGUUGCCCCUCGGAGCGGAUGGUGUACUUCAUCACGUGGCUCGGUUACGUCAACAGCGCUCUCAAUCCCCUCAUCUAUACGAUCUUCAAUCUCGAUUAUAGAAAAGCGUUCAGGCGACUGCUGCGAAUCCGCUGAGGUUCUUUUAGGAUCGCCAAAUACGAGAGAGCCGUUCAAUAAGUUCUUCGUCCAGGGAGAAGCGCAUCGCUCGCGCGUAGGAAUUCACGGGAAUUUUCACGCCUCGCUUACCACCGAUCGUUUGUUCGCCUCUCGCAGCUCGUUAAGCGGCGAGAACUUAAACGCAGUCAGCACAAAGACGACGACGACGACGACGAUGAUUUCACGAAGCCAGAGAAUCUGGAACAAGUAAGUUCAAUUGUAAAUUGAUGGAAGUAGUAUUGUUUCGCGACAAGUCAUAAAUCGACUCUACGAAAUUCGCGGAUCAUUUAGUUUUGGCGUUUAAUUAAAAUGUCGAUCGAGCAAUAAUAUUCGAAGAAGACGAUUAUUUCAUACUUUUUGUGAAAGAGAAAUUCAUAUCAAUGCUCGGCUAGUUAUCUCGGAAAGGAGAGAACCUUGUGCUCGAGUUUCAAUAAUUCUCGUUACAUCGUAAUAAAAAAUGACAAGGAGAAAUUAAAGAUUUCCGUUUGCGCGAAAAAUUAUGAAAAUUGAUAGAAUUAGUCUAGACUCUUAAUUAUGCCGUGUCGACCUAAAUACAAAUUAUCCCAGAGUUUUUACAUUUAAAUUCAAGCGACUUUCAAAGUUUUGUUUUUGAAACAAAAACUGAAACGUCAUAGAAAUCUGCUUCCUUCAACCGGCAUAACGGAUUGCCAGAGUGAAAACUCUACCAGAAGAGCGAUGUGCACUUAUCGUCAUAAGUUUCGCGAAAAUUUAUCAAGGAUUUCAAGAAGACGUUGGCGGAGGAAAUGGAUGUAGUUUCAUCCGAGAGAUGCAGGCUGCGCGUUGCAAUCAAGAUUGGCAGCCAAGCCGGCGCUAAUUCGACCCUGAACAGUUCCCAGGAGGGGCAAAAGUUGCGAAGGGAAAUUAUUUCGCGGGAAUAAUAAAGGAAAAUUAUUCUUCCUGGGCGGCUGUGUGUGUCGGUCGGCUACCAUCUUCCCUCUCCGAAUGCUAUACUAGAAGAAGCUGCAUCAGCUUCAUGAAUCUCAUCCGCGGUUCCCGAGAUUAAUCUCUAGCCGCUAGCAAAUGAUUAAUGAUAUAUAUUGAAUUUAGCACUUUCGAGAAGGUAUAAAAGUACGAUCUAUCACGGUCAUCAACAAUACUCGUUACCGGAAUCGAGGUCAUCGUCGAUUUCUUU